AUGGUGCUUGAGGCAGCUGAGCUUGACGGACCCACCGCGACACUGCAAUUAAAUACCACAUUCGUCAUUGAACUAAUACACGCAAUUUACGAACUCUAUUUGUUCAAGAACUUCGUGCUCUACAUAAGUGAGCAAUUCGAUCACACUGAGAGUGCUGUAAAAUUUUUCGACGAGUUUUUCGCCGCCUUUCCGUUAGUGCCAAGUGUAAUUGUGGUGAGCAGUGAUGGCGUUGAUCCACAGGACUUUUAUGUGGAUGUACUGGUUAGCAAGCCGGCGUUAAGUUUGGUAUUUACCACAGGACCGAACGAUUCUGUUAUGACAAUGGCGGCAGAGAGCAUGAAACGCGUACGAAUAUUAAAAACCAUCUUCAUACUCACGACGACAAUGGAGUUGGACGCGUACGACGAGCGCGCCGAAAGCGAUUACGCCAAUAUGAUAAAUGAAACGUAUACAUGGAUUUGGCGUGAACAGUUUUUGAGCACGAUUUUAUUAACGGUACGUGAUAAUAUCUACAUACUCCAACCGUAUCCUGAACUGAAAAUCGUAAACAAAACGGAAAAUUGGCUUGUGAAAGACUUUUUUAUUGACUAUUACGACGAUCUCAAGGGUUAUGUGUUGAAUACCGUUAUACGUUACGAUUUGCCACGUGUAUUCGAUCGUCGUUAUGAGAACGAGGUACUAAAGAUCAGCGGCACUUCGGGUGAACUCUUUACCGCCUUUCUGAAAUCAAUCAAUGCCACAUUAGUUGAUUCGGAUGUAGCGAGUUCACCGUUUGAGCCCGCGGUAAUGGGUGAUGUCAUUGAAUUGAUCGUGAACAGAACUAUCGAGUUGAGUCCGCACUCACAAACCGCGCUCUUCGCUAUCGAUCAUGUGGGCACAAGCUAUCCGAUUGGCAUAAAUGAUUGGUGCAUUAUGGUGCCGUAUUAUAAUCGUUCGCCGGAGCAUCUUUACUUACUGCGUAGUUUUCAGAAUUCAACUUGGCUACUCGUGCUCUUCGCGGUCAUCUAUAUCUCAUUCGCCCUCUGGCUUUGCGCGCCACAACGUCCGAGAGAGUAUAGUAACGCCUUAUUGCAAGCGAUUUGUUCAAUGCUCAGCAUUGCGCCCACAACGUUUUUCAACACACCAAAUCUACGCAUGUCGUUCUUGUUCUUUUAUCUCUUUGUGUUGGGUUUCAUAACUUCAAAUUGGUAUAGCACCAAGAUCGCUAGUUAUUUGAUGACUUCAUUGCCUUCGGCGCAAAUAGAUACUGUGGACGAUGUGGUGCGUGCCAAUCUACGCAUUAAAGUUUUCGACUAUGAGUAUGAUCGUCUCGAAUCUAUGCCGGCACAAUAUCCACCACGGUUUCUACAACAACUCGAUAUUGUUGAUAAGCAAUUUAUGGAUCAGCAUCGCGAUAUAAUGAAUACUAGCUACGGUUAUAGCAUACAAACAGAUCGUUGGGAGUUUCUCAAUAUGCAACAACAAUUUCUACAAAAACCACUCUUUCGUCUGUCGGACAUUUGCAUGGGUCCAUUUCAUCAUGUCUUUCCGAUGUAUGCCGAUUCACAUCUGCAGAUACCAUUGAAAUACUUCAUCAUGCAUGCGACACAAUCGGGUUUACUGACAUAUUGGCAGAAAUCGGCUUUUGCCGAGGCGGUGCGCUUGCGGCUGGUGAAGAUCUUACUGUUACAUGAGGAUCCGCGUCCGUUAUCCAUGCGUUUUCUUCGUCCGAUUUGGUAUGUUUGGUGGUUGGGUCUCAUACUAGCUUUCCUCGUUUUCCUUUGCGAAUUGAAGAGCGCUGAUUGGAUGAGGCUUAAGCUUCUAAGGCUUCUUAGGCUUCUUUUAAGCCUUGGUCAUUGA